CCCUAAUCCGGCACCCGCCGCUCCGACCCCUCCCGUCACGCACGCAUGAUCGGCCAACAGGGCUCGCCCGUUCGUUCCACGUCUGAAUCGCGGGGUGCUGACGUUGACCUGUCGAUUGUUGCAGGCGUCGGGAAGUCGUGCCUGGAGCAGCAGUUCACGGCCAGGGCGUUCCCGGAGGAGCACGAGCCCACCAUCGGCGUCGAGUUCGGCACGCGCACCAUCGCCGUCCACGACAAGCGCGUCAAGCUUUACAUCUGGGACAUGGAGGGCCGCGAAACGUACGUAUCUGUCACUCAGCAGUGCUACUACAGAGCUGCUUGUAUCAUUUUGGUUUAUGAUAUCACAAGGAGGGAGACUUUUGAUCAUAUUGCUGUAUGGCUAUCAAGAGCAAGAAAGCUAUCGAGAGCCGGUGUAACAUUGGUGCUGAUCGGGAACAAAUGCGAUCUGUCUCACAUGCGUGCUGUCGGCUAUGAGGAAGGUCGAAAGUUUGCCAAGAGGCACAAACUGGUGUUCAUGGAGGCCUCUGCAAAAACCACACAAAAUGUUGAGGAGGCAUUCGUUGUGACCACCGAAACAGUAUACCAGAAAGUCGAAGAUGGUGUCAUCGACUUGUCUGAAAAGUUUGUUGGAUUCUUACAUAUGCCUGAGAACAUUACACCGAGCCAAUCUGGAGGUGUAGCUGGAUCAUCCUAUGGAAGGAGUAAUUGCUGCUUGGUCUGGUGCCGAAAAUUGGCUUGCCAAUACGCAGGCAAGGCAAAAAAAUGGCUGUCAAUUGGUUGGCAACCAAGUUACUUUGCCAACCUCUCGAAACUUGGGAAUUUUUGUCAAGCUUUGGAGUUGCCGAAUGUUGGCAUGCCAAUAUGCUGGCUAGCCAAUUUUUGGCUGUCAGCCAAGCAUGCUCUGAACUCAUGGCGCAAAAAUGGGGCGACGGUAGCCGACGAAGCUGAGAAACCGAAUGAUCGGUUUAUGUGCUAACUUAGUAGUAUGUAUAUAUUAGGUUGCGGUGCCUAUAUGAGAUUCCAAGUUCAUGCGAUGCUUUCCCUAUGAACCCAUUAGUUGCUCAUGCGCUGUUAAACCUCCGAAAACGGAACAAUCGUAUGCUGAAGUGCUAAAGGCAGGAAUGUUAAUGCUG